AUGGCCGAGGGCAGCUGGCCACUGGAGUUCAAAUGGAUCCACAACAGCACCGAGUUAACUCGCUUCUCGCUGGAGUACAGGUACCUCAUCCCCUCGCUGGACCGCUCGCACGCCGGCUUCUACCGCUGCAUCGUCAGGAACCGGGUGGGAGCUCUGCUGCAGCGCCGCACAGAAGUACAGGUGGCCUUCAUGGGCAGCUUCGAGGAAGGUGAACGCGCCCAAUCGGUGUCUCAGGGAGAGGGCGCCGUCGUCAUGGCGCCACGCAUCCGCAGCUUCCCCCAGCCACAGGUCACCUGGUUCCGAGACGGGAGGAAGAUCCCACCCAGCAGCCGCAUCGCCAUCACUCUGGACAACACACUGGUCAUCCUGUCCACGGUCGCCCCGGACGCCGGGCGCUACUACGUCCAAGCCGUGAACGACAAGAACGGAGAGAACAAGACCAGCCAGCCAAUCACCCUGUCCGUAGAGAAUGUGGGAGGUCCAGCCGACCCCAUCGCCCCCACCAUCAUCAUCCCACCCAGGAACACCAGUGUGGUCACGGGCACCUCGGAGGUCACCAUGGAGUGCGUGGCCAACGCCAGGCCUCUUAUCAAGAUGAGCAUCUCCUGGCGUAAGAACGGCGUGCUGGUGAGCUCCGGCCUGAGCGACUUCAACCGCCGGCUGACCGUCCUCAGCCCGGUGGUCAGCGACUCCGGCUUCUACGAGUGCGAGGCCGUCCUCCGCAGCAGCAGCGUGCCGUCGGUCAGCGCCGGAGCGUAUCUGCAUGUACAAGAGCCACCUCAGUUUAUCAAAGAGCCGGAGAAGCACAUCACAGCCGAGAUGGAGAAGGUGGUGGACAUCCCCUGCCAGGCCCGGGGAGUUCCACAGCCGGACAUCGUGUGGUACAAGGACGCUCUGCCCAUCGACCCGGUGAAGACGCCCCGGUACCGGGUGCUGGUGGGAGGAAGCCUGCAGGUCAACGGCCUCCUGCCCGACGACACCGGAAUGUUCCAGUGCUUCGCCAGGAACAUGGCAGGAGAAGUUCAGACCAACACGUACCUGGCUGUCACCAGCAUCGCCCCCAACAUCACAGCCGGACCCUCGGACAGCACGGUGAUCGACGGCAUGUCAGUCAUCCUGCACUGCGAGACCUCCGGCGCCCCGAGGCCGGCGAUCACCUGGCAGAAAGGUGAGCGUGUGUUGGCGAGCGGCUCGGUGCAGCUGCCCAGGUUCACCCUGCUGGAGUCCGGCAGCCUCCUCAUCUCGCCCUCGCACAUCUCCGACGCCGGGACCUACACCUGCAUGGCGAGCAACUCCCGGGGCAUCGAUGAGGCGUCGGCCGACCUGGUGGUCUGGGCUCGCACCCGGAUCGCCACCCCCCCACAGGACCAGAGUGUCAUCAAGGGAACUAAAGCCGUCAUGACGUGUGGAGUGACACACGACCCCAGUGUCACUGUCAGGCACAUCUGGGACAAAGAGGGCGUGGUCAUCAGCGUCCAGUCGAUCCCUCGCAUGCGCCUGGAGGCCGACGGGACCCUGCACAUCUCACAGACCUGGUCCGGGGACAUCGGCACGUACACCUGCAGGGUCACCUCCGUCGGCGGCAACGACUCCCGGAGCGCCCACCUCCGCGUCAGGCAGCUGCCUCACGCCCCGGAGAACCCCACGGCGCUGCUGAGCAAGUCGGAGAAGAGAGCCAUCGACCUGGCCUGGGCCAAACCCUUCGACGGCAACAGUCCGCUCAUACGCUACAUCCUGGAGGUUUCUGAGAACAAUGCGCCCUGGGCCAUCCUGCUGGCCAACAUCGAGCCAGAGUCCAUGGUGGUGACGGUCAACGGUUUGAUCCCAGCACGCUCCUAUCAGUUCCGCCUCUGCGCCGUUAACGACGUGGGGAAGGGGCAGUUCAGCAAGGAGACCGAGCGUGUUGCUCUGCCAGAGGAGUCCCCCAGUGCCCCCCCUCAGAAUGUCAUCGCCAGUGGUCGGACCAACCAGUCCAUCAUGAUCCAGUGGCAGCCCCCCCCAGAGAGCCACCAGAACGGCGUCCUCAGGGGAUACACCGUCCGGUACCGUCUCACCGGGCUGCCCGUGGACUACCAGAUGAAAAACAUCACCAGCCCGGACGUGACCAACCUGCUGCUGGAGGAUCUCAUCAUCUGGACCAACUACGAGAUCGAGGUGGCCGCCUACAACGGCGCCGGUUUGGGCAUCUUCAGCCACAAGGUCACGGAGUGGACGCUGCAGGGAGUGCCGACCAUCGCCCCCGGCAACGUGCAGGCCGAGCCGGUGAACUCCACGACCAUCCGCUUCACGUGGAUGGCGCCCAACCCGCAGUUCAUCAACGGCAUCAACCAGGGCUACAAGUUGCUGGCAUGGGAGCCCGGCCGAGACGGGCACGUUUCCAUGGUAACAGUGCGGCCGAACUUCCAGGACAGCGUCCACGUGGGCUACGUGACGGGCCUGAAGAAGUUCACGGAGUACCACACCUCGGCGCUGUGCUUCACCACGCCGGGCGACGGCCCCCGAAGCCCCCCCAAGGCCUCCAGGACCCACGAGGACACUCCCGGCGCCGUGGGUCACCUGAGUUUCACUGAGAUCCUGGACACGUCGCUCAAGGUCAGCUGGAGCGUGCCCGUGGAGAAGAACGGCGUCCUCACAGGUUAUCGCAUCUCGUGGGAGGAGUUCAACCGGACCAACACCAGGGUCACACACUACCUGCCCAACGUGACCCUGGAGUACCGGGUCACCGGGCUCACCGCGCUCACCACCUACACCAUCGAGGUGGCCGGCAUGACCUCCAAGGGCCAGGGUCAGCUGUCGUCCUCCACCAUCUCCUCCGGCGUCCCACCAGAGCUUCCCGGCCCCCCCACCAACAUGGCGAUCUCCAACAUCGGGCCGCGCUCCGUCACCCUGCAGUUCAAACCCGGGUAUGACGGCAAGACGUCCAUUUCCCGUUGGCAGGUGGAGGCUCAGGUCGGUGUGGUCGGAGAGAACGAGGACUGGGUGACCGUCCACCAGGUGUCCAACGAGCCCGAGGCCCGGUCCUUAGAAGUGCCGGGACUCAACCCCUACACCUUCUACAGGUUCCGGAUGCGUCAGGUGAACAUAGUGGGAACCAGUGUUCCCAGUCAGCCCUCCAGAAGGAUCCAGACGCUGCCGGCUCCUCCUGACAUGGCCCCGGCCAACGUCACCCUGCGGACCGCCAGCGAGACCAGCCUCUGGUUGAGAUGGAUGCCUCUACCCGAAUGGGAAUACAACGGGAACGCGGAGCAGGUGGGCUACAGAGUCCAGUACUCGCGGGCCGGCUCACUGGGCCGAGCGCUGAUCCACAUCAUCGGCGAUCGCCUGGAGAGAGAGUUCACCAUCGAGGACCUGGAGGAGUGGACGGAGUACGAGGUCCGGGUCCAGGUCGUCAACGGCAUCGGGACGGGACCCUGGAGCCAGCCGGUCAAAGGCAGAACCAGAGAGUCUGUCCCGUCCUGUGGACCCACCAACGUGUCGGCCUUCGCCACCACCUCCAGCAGCAUCCUGGUGCGCUGGUUCGAAGUCCCCGAGCCGGACAGGAACGGCCUCAUCCUGGGCUACAAGGUGGUGUACAAGGAGAAGGACUCGGACAGCGCCGUACACUUCUGGACCGUGGAGGGGAACGCCACGCACAGCGUCCAGCUCACCGGCCUGGGGAAGUACGUGCUCUACGAGAUCCAGGUCCAGGCCUUCACGCGGAUCGGAGACGGACGGCCCAGCGCGCCGCCCAUCCUGGAGAGGACUCUGGACGACGUCCCCGGACCUCCGGUGGGGAUCCUGUUCCCUGAAGUGCGGACCACCUCAGUCCGGCUCAUCUGGCAGUCCCCCUCCCAGCCCAACGGCAUCAUACUGGCGUACCAGAUCACGUACCACCUCAACUCCACCAGCAGCAACACGGCCACGGUGGACGUGCUGAGCCCGAGCGCUCGCCAGUACACGGUGACCAACCUCAAGCCGGAGUCCGUCUACGUGUUCCGCAUCACGGCGCAGACCAGGAAGGGCUGGGGCGAGGCGGCCGAGGCGCUGGUGGUCACCACGGAGAAGAGAGCCCGACCUCAGCCCACCAGCCUUCCCAUGGUCCCCCAGAAGGACGUCCAUGCCCGUCAGGUGUUGUUGUCGUGGGAACCGGGCAGCGACGGCCUGUCCCCAGUGCGUUACUACACGGUUCAGCUCCGAGAGCUUCCCGAGAGCAACUGGAGCGUCCACUCGGCGUCCGUCAACCACGAGGCGUCCUCCUACAUCGUGUCCAGGCUGAAGCCCUUCACGUCCUACCAGUUCAGAGUGAAAGCCACCAACGACAUCGGAGACAGCGAGUACAGCGAAGAGAGCGAAGCCAUCACGACUCUGCAGGACGCGCCCGACGAGCCGCCCGCCAUCCUCUCCGUGACGCCGCACACCACCACGUCAGUGCUGAUCCGCUGGCAGCGCCCCUCUGAGGAGAAGAUCAACGGGAUCCUACUCGGCUUCCGGAUUCGCUAUCGUGAGCUGCUCUACGACCGGCUGAGGAGUUACUCAGUCCACGCCAUCAGCAGCAUGUCCAGCUGGGCGGAGCUUACCGCUCCCUACAGCAUCCGGAAUCUGAGUGAUUCAACCCUGAUCCAGUACGAGUUGGACAAGUUGAGUAAACACAAGCGCUAUGAGAUACGCAUGAGUGUAUACAACGCCGUGGGCGAGGGGCCAACCAGCCCCCCCCAGGAGGUGUUUGUGGGAGAAGCAGUACCCACAGCCCCCCCCCAGAAUGUGGCCAUCCAAUCGGCGACCGCCACCCAGCUGGACGUGACGUGGGACCCCCCCCCUGUGGACGCACAGAACGGAGACAUCCAAGGCUACAAGGUUUACUUCUGGGAGUUCCAGCGCAAGAAUGAGACGGAGCGGCUGCGGACGCUGUUCAUGCCCGAGGGAGGAGUGAAGCUGAAGAACCUGACGGGCUACACCACCUACAUGAUCAGCGUAGCCCCCUUCAAUGCAGCCGGGGACGGACCCCGCAGCGCGCCGACCAGGGGACGCACUCAGCAAGCAGCUCCCAGUGCUCCCAGCUUCAUUCACUUCAGUGAGCUGACCACCACCUCGGUCAACGUGUCCUGGGGCGACCCGACCUUCCCUAACGGCAUCAUCGAGGGCUACCGGCUGAUCUACGAGCCCUGCACACCUGUGGAUGGCGUCAGUAAGACAGUGACGGUGGAUGUGAAGGGCAGCGGACCCCUCUGGUUGAAGCUCAGGGAUCUGGCCGAUGGCAUCACGUACAACUUCCGCAUCCGGGCCAAGACCUUCAUCUACGGGCCGGAGGUGGAGGCCAACAUCACCACGGGCCCCGGAGAAGGAGCCCCUGGGCCGCCUGGAGAGCCCUUCAUCACACGCUAUGGUUCAGCUCUGACCAUCCACUGGACCAGCGGCGACCCGGGACGCUCUCCCAUCUCACGCUACGUCAUCGAGGCCAGACCUUCAGAUGAGGGAUUGUGGGAUAUCUUAAUCAAGGACAUCCCCAAGGAGGCGACGCUGCACACAUUCAACAUGGACGUCCUGAAGCAAGGGGUCAGUUACGACUUCCGGGUGAUCGGAGUGAACGACUACGGCUACGGCGCUCCAAGUCUGCCCUCCCCAUCUAUAUCCGCCCAGAAAGUGGCGCCGUUCUACGAGGAGUGGUGGUUCCUGGUGGUGGUGGCGCUGGUGGGGCUCAUCUUCAUCCUGCUGCUGGUCUUCAUCCUCAUCAUCAGGGGCCAGAGCAAGAAGUACGCCAAGAAGUCUGAAUCCGGAAACAACUCCAACUGCAACGCGCUGACCCACGGAGACAUGGUCAGCCUGGACGAGGGACGCUUCCCAGCUCUGGAGCUCAACAACCGCCGGCUCUCCGUGAAGAACUCCUUCUGCCGGAAGAACGGCGUCUACACCAGGUCUCCUCCCAGGCCCAGUCCAGGCAGUCUGAACUACUCGGACGAAGACGUCAGCACAAAGUACAACGACCUGAUCCCUGCAGAGAGCAGCAGCCUGACGGAGAAGCCUUCUGAAAUCUCUGACUCACAGGGCAGCGACAGCGAGUACGAGGUGGACCCCAACCGACAGAAGACCCACUCCUUCGUCAACCACUACAUCAGCGACCCCACCUACUACAACUCGUGGCGCCGCCAGCAGAAAGGCAUCUCCCGGGCACAGGCCUACAGCUACACCGAGUCCGAGUCGGGCGACCCGGACCACUGCGCCCCGCCCCCCCUGCCUCCUCUACCUCCGCUGCCGCCCCAGAUCAGUUCACCCAGCCCCCUGCCCCAGCAGCCCCAGGGUCAGCCCCAGGGCCAAGGCAGCCUGUUUAGGCCCAAAGGUAGCCGGACUCCCACCCCCUCCCAGCAGAGCUCCAACCCCCCCAGCGCACACAGCACCCUCUACAGGCCACCCAGCAGUCUAGCACCAGGAUCGCGGGCCCCGAUCGCCGGCUUCUCCUCCUUUGUGUAA